GAUACGAAGCGACACGACUCACCUGAGGGGGCUGCUCUUAGACCUCACUCAUGUGGAUGACAGCUGGACUUCGGAGACAGUAAAGAAUGAAGAGGAAGGGAACCAGCAGCAGCUUUUCCCAGCCUAAAAGAAGAGAGGAGGAAGAACAUCCCAGAGAGGAGACGGAGGAGGAAGAGUUCAGAGAAAGAAAUGAAGGCAUGCAGAGCUCAGACAGUGAAAGAGGCGACAUGGCGUCACUCUAUCAGAGAUUCACCGGCAAGAUCAACACAAACAAAUCGUUCCCAAACCCUCCGGAGGCGAGCCAUCUCCUCGGGCAAAACGUGGAGGGGGAGAGGCCGGUGGAGAACCAGCGACCCCGGCUUCAGCGCCCGUACCGGCGGCACUCCGAGGACGAGGAUGAGCUGGUGGGCAGCAACCCUCCGCAGAGGAACUGGAAGGGAAUAGCGAUCGCCCUUCUUGUCAUUCUGGUCAUCUGCUCGCUGAUCGUCACCUCCGUCAUCCUGUUGACACCAGGUGAAGACGACCGUCUGGCUCUCAAGGGCAAGGUGACGGUUGGAGACCUGUUUAGAAAAGACUUCAAGGUUCACGACCCAAACGCCAAGUGGAUCAGCAGUAAUGAGCUGCUGUACCGGAACCGGGACGGUGAUGUUGUCAAGUUCAACGUGGACACGAACGAGCAAACCGUCCUGGUGCAUAACAAGAAAUUUGAAAUGUACAAAGCCAGCAAGUACGAGGUGUCUCCUGACAUGAAGCAUGUGCUGCUGGCCUACAACGUUGCACCGGUGUACCAGUAUUCCUACACGGCCUUCUACAUCAUCUGCAGCCUGGAAACUCCGGAGACGUGGAACCUGAACCCUCCAGAGGUUCGAAACGCUCAGCUACAGUACGCAGGCUGGGGCCCGCAGGAUCAGCAGCUGAUCUUCAUUUUUGAGAACAACAUCUACUAUCGAUCCAAGGUGGAGAGCCGCUCCAUCCGUCUGGUGUCUACCGGCAAGGAGGGCGUCAUCUUCAAUGGGCUCAGCGAUUGGUUGUAUGAAGAGGAGAUUUUCCAGUCCCAUGUCGCCCAUUGGUGGUCUCCAGAUGGUGCCAGGUUGGCUUAUGCCACCAUCAACGACACUCUUGUGCCAAGGAUGGAGCUGCCGAUGUUUACAGGCUCACCCUACCCAAUGGGGAAGGACUACCAUUACCCGAAAGCUGGUGAGGAAAACCCAGUCAUCACUCUCUAUGUCGUGAACCUCAAUGGUCCUCUGCACACCAUCGAGAUGAGGAGACCUGAUGAUCCCAGAGUAGGUGAGUACUACGUGACGAUGGUGAAAUGGGCCACCACCACCAAACUGGCUAUUAACUGGCUGAACAGAGCACAGAACAUCUCUAUACUGACGCUGUGCGAGGCCACAACGGGAGUCUGCACCAAGAAACACGAGGAUGAAAGUGAAGGGUGGCUUCACAGGCAGAAUGAGAAGCCUCUGUUCUCCAAAGAUGGGCUGAAGCUGUUCUUCACACGAGCCAUCCCUCAAGGCGGGCGAGGCAAAUUCUUCCACAUCUCCAUGUCCAUUUCCCAGCCCAACACCAGUACAGACACACUGCAGUCCAUCACAUCUGGAGACUGGGAUGUUACUCAGGUCCUGGCCUACAACGAGGACAGCCAACUGAUAUACUUCCUGAGCACUGAGGAUGGUCCAAAGCGGAGGCAUCUGUACAGUGCGGAUACAUUUGGUUCGUUCAACCGUCGCUGUCUGUCCUGCGCUUUGUCUGACAGCUGUGGCUACAUCGGCGGCUCCUUCAGCCACAACAUGAGCUACUUCCUGCUCAAGUGCCAAGGUCCGAAUAUCCCAUUCGUGGCCAUUUACAAGACGCAGAGAGGGCCAGAGAGUGAGACGCAGGAUACAGAAAGUAUUGCAGAAGUGUAUAAAUUAGAGAGCAAUGAGAACCUGCAGCAGACUCUGGACUCCAUGCAGAUGCCCACAGUGGAGUAUAAAGAGAUCAACAUGGACGACUACACCCUGUCGCUACAAAUCCUGAAACCCGCCGGCUUCGUGGACACGGCUCACUACCCGCUGCUACUGCUUGUCGACGGGACUCCUGGUGGCCAGAUGGUGUCGGAGAGGUUCCACAUGGACUGGGCCACAGUCCUGGUGAGCAGCUUCGGCGCCAUCGUGGUGCGUUGCGACGGCCGAGGCAGCGGCUUCCAGGGAACCAACCUGCUGCACCGGAUCCAGAAGAAACUGGGCGUGUACGAGGAGCAGGACCAGAAGGAGGCACUCAAUUUCAUUCUUAAAGAGCCCUACGUUGAUAAAACCAGAGUGGGAGCUUUUGGAAAGGUGUAUGGAGGCUAUGUGACCAGCCUGUUGGUCAGCGGUGAGGAAUCUCCUGUAAAAUGCGGUGCUGUCCUCUCACCUAUCACUGAUUUUGAAUUAUACGCUUCUGCUUUCUCUGAGAGAUAUCUGGGACUGCCUAAACCUGACCCAAGGGCAUACACAAUGGCAAAUUUAGCACACAGAGCAUCCCAAUUCAUGGAUAAGAAGUUUCUUAUUAUCCAUCCGACAGCUGAUGAAAAAGUCCACUUCCAACAUACAGCCAAAUUUAUCGCCCAGCUCAUCAGCGAAAAGGCCAACUACACCUUACAGAUCUACCCAGAUGAAGGUCACUUCAUCCACAGCGAUGCCACGAAGCAGCACCUCAGCCAGUCCCUGGUGAACUUCUUCGAGGAGUGCUUCAGGCUACCAGAGAGAGUGUUUGAGGAAGCUCUGGAAGAAGAAGUAGAAGACGAGGGUUAGAUUUGGCCUUGUUGGGCUCCUCCUCUGCCCCAGAUCUUCCCCCCCAAACCCAUCCGGUCAUCUUACCUACCGUACCUUUCAUCCCGUUCAACACCGGCGUCCACAAUAUGCAACUCCCAUCUGUUUUCCAUCUGGGUCGACUCACUGCAUCUGGACUCCCUCUGCAUCCCCCCCAACCUGAAACUGCCUUUCCAGCAGACGACGGAUCUCCCCCUACAUCUUUUACCCACCCCACUCAACUUCUUCAUCUUCGGCCCUGAUUUGCAAUCCAAAAGGCCCUCCGGAGAGGCAACAAAGACUGAUGACCUGACAUGAAGUUUUGGAAUACACUGACAGGAAGCAGUCUCCUUCAGCAGGAUGGACCAGCUCCUCAGAAGCAGUGGAGAGAAAGCAUCAGCUCUCACACAGACUUUUAAGCUGUGAGGGGAAGGAACAACCUUAUAGCACAUAACUUGUAUAUUGAAGAAAAUCAGACCCCUGGUGGAAAGAAACGCUGACUGGCAGUGUUCAUAAUGGGUGUCUGGAAUAGUGCGGAUACAGCAAAUGUUACUAUUUUUAAAGUUGUGAAGAACUUUUCAUGUUGGACUGUGGUUGUGUCUAUUGUUCUUACAGUGUAAAAUAGCACACAAACAUUCACUCAGCUACUCCAGAUAUAUUUCCUUUCAGUAUUCAUGUUUGCCCCCGACGUUGGUUUUAUCUCAUUGUUUCAUUUUGUGUGUUUCAGUGACGCUGACCGAACUCAGGCUGGCAAAAAGUGUCAUAAAGAAAAAGAAAAAUGCCAUGGGCUUUUCUUAUCAUCCAUCCAGACAGUUUUAUUGUGACGCUCAGCUUUUUAUCAAACUGUGUUCAAAAAGCAUUAACUUGUUUUAGUCACUGUGCCUUACUUUUGUCAGAAAAAACUCCAGCUGUGGGACUGCAUUUAUUUACUACAACACAGCAGAUUUUUACUGAAUAGUUUGGCAUUUUGGGAAAUAGGCCUGUUUGCUUUUUUGCCGAGAGUUAGGCAGAAAGAUUGAUACCACCUGUAUACACUAGAGUACCAAACAAAUGUCAGCCACAAUCCCUCAACCUUUGGGGUUCAGUUACAACCAGAAAAAAUAAGACAACUGCAACCAUUAGUCCUCGCUAGCAUUGUAAAAUAUAUUGCAUGUUCAUAAAUGCCAGCAGCAGAACAGCAGAGACUCUCACAAUGAGCUGAAAUGAAGCAGCUGCACAUAAAUUAGGUAAAUAAUUUUGUUUUUAAAGGCUGUGUUUCUCUGGGAAAGCAGCUGAACACUCCGGGCUGCUCUUUCACUUUCACAGUGAGGUGUGUGAAAGGUCUGUUGUUUAGAAAUGCAGGAAAGGCGUCACAUGCGUUGUGGUCAUGUCAGCUACCAAAACAUGGAACAGAAAGCUCUCAUUACGACACACACAAGGCGUAAACUUUAGUCGCUGCUAAGGAGACCAUAGCAAAUUGUACACUGAUCUUCAAAAUCUGCCUGACAUUCACUGUUAGCAUGCUAACAAACCAAGAAGGGUGCAUUCCAGUACCCAUGCUACCACAAGAUUUACUUGGCCCAAAAUACCAGAAUGUCCCCCUACAUCUGCCAUAUGCAAGACACAAUGCUAUUCUGACCCACAAUCCUUUGCACAGUGGAAGACCCGUCACAUACACCACCAUUCAAAAGUCUGGGGUCACUUAGAAAUGUCCUUAGUUUUGAAAGAAAAGCAGUUUUUUUUCAAUGAAGAUAACAUUAACUUAAUGAUAAAUCCAGUGCAGACAUUGUUAAUGUGGUAAAUGACUAUUGUAGCUGGAAACAGCUGAUUUUUAAUGGAAUAUCUCCAUAGGGGUACAGAGGAACAUUUCCAGCAACCAUCACUCCUGUGUUCUAAUGCUACAUUGUGUUAGCUAAUGGUGUUGAAAGGCUAACUGAUGAUUAGAAAACCCUUGUGCAGUUAUGUUAGCACAUAAGAUAAGAUAAGAUAAGAUAAGAUAAAGUUCUUUAUUUCUCCCCACUCCAGGGGAAAUUUACAUUGUUACAGCAGUUUUAUUUACAAUAUAUACAAGGGUGGCAAAAUUUUU